AUGACGAAUGCUACGCCUAACGUGUUGCUUGCUACAUUGGUUAUCAUUAUUUUUGCCACGCCUGAAGUAACUUCCAUCGUUGGUGGUCACACAUCGUUACCCGGUGCAGCCCCGUAUGUUGUUGCCAUCAAAACAACUACUGCAUCUGCAUUUGUCUGUGCUGGCGUGUUAGUAAAAGCUUCAUGGAUCCUUACCACAGCUCAAUGCGUAACUGAUAGGACGGCAGCAGAUUUACAAGUUCUAUCUGGUUCUCAUCGUUUGCUUACCAACAAGAAAUUGAACACCGUUAGCACAAUUCAAGUACAUCCCUCGUAUAAUGUGUCAAACGGUGCAUAUAAUGUUGCUUUAUUGCAACUUUCUGAAUCAGUUGCACUUUCAACGAGAGUUACAACAAUUGAUUUGAACGAUCAGCCGGUUACUUCCGAUACGUCUGUCACAUUUUACGGAUGGGGAACAGUAGCGUACGGUAGCCCUGGAUAUUCGAAUUCUUUACAGACGCUUUACCGACGCACACUUUCACUAGGUGACUGUCGCACACGAAGUGGCCUGUCGAAUCUAUCGGACGGAAAUAUAUGUGCUAUCAGUCAAGUGGGACAAUCGGCCUGCACGCACGACGAGGGUGGUCCUUUGGUACGGCUUGAUACGUUAAAGCUUGUAGGGCUUUACUACUACGGUACCCUGUGCAAUGGCCGUUGGCCUGAUGUGUUUGUGGAUGUAUAUAGUCACAAAACAUGGAUCGAUCAAACUGCUGUUUGAGUGUCAUGAUACUGC